AUGCGUUUUAUACAUUGUGCUAAUAAUAAUGAAAUUAAUGUAAACGACAAAGUUUGGAAACUGAGGCCAGUAAUGGAUAUGUUAAAAGAUAAAUUUUUAAUACAUUUCGUACCCUCUCAAAAUUUAAAUUACGAUGAAUCAAUGGUUAAAUAUUUCGGAAAACAUAGCUGCAAGCAAUUUAUACGUGGCAAACCAAUCCGAUUUGGAUAUAAGAUUUGGUGUUUGAACGCUCCUGACGGGUAUCUUAUAAAUUUUGAUUUUUACCAAGGAAUUAGUCCAAAAAGAAAAAUAUUGUACGAAAACAUGUUUGGGAAAUGCACAGCUCCAUUUAUAAAAAUGCUCGAAGAAUUUCCUAAGGAAAAGAAAAAUUUACCAUACAGAUUUUAUUUUGACAAUCUUUUUACUGGCCUUAACUUGCUCAAGUUUUUAAAAAUAAAUGGUUAUCACGGUACUGGGACUAUAAGAGAAAAUAGAUUGCCUAAAAAUUGUCCAAUGUCAAAUCAAAAAAUUAUGCAAAAAAAAAGAAAGAGGAGAAUCAGAAUCAGCAAUUGA